GUAGAAUAUAUAGACUCCGGAAAGCAAUUAGAGAGAGAUGGACUUCCAGCGCAGAGCUCACCCUUACCCCAUCCCGGAGGAUGAAGAGGUUGCACACAAUGUCGCUCCUGAUGCUCACAACUCUGCAGGAAACGAAGGCGAGAAACCGGUGUCAAAAUUGCAACGUAGGCACAGUGACAUAAAACUCUACAAAGAGUUUUGUGACUUUUAUGCAAGAUUCAACAUGGCGAACGCGCUUGCAAAUGCCAUCUGCGAGCGCUGCAGGGGUGGCUUUGCCCCUGCCGAGAAAAUUGUCAACAGCAACGGUGAGCUGUACCACGAGCAGUGCUUUGUCUGCGCCCAGUGCUUUCAGCAGUUUCCCGAAGGGCUCUUCUACGAGUUUGAAGGGAGGAAGUACUGCGAACAUGAUUUUCAAAUGCUUUUUGCCCCUUGCUGCCAUCAAUGUGGUGAGUUCAUUAUUGGUCGUGUUAUUAAAGCUAUGAACAAUAGCUGGCAUCCAGAGUGCUUCUGCUGUGAUAUCUGCCAACAAGUAUUGGCCGAUAUUGGAUUUGUCAAGAAUGCUGGCAGACAUCUCUGCCGUCCUUGCCAUAACAGGGAAAAAGCCAGAGGACUGGGAAAGUACAUUUGCCAGAAGUGUCAUGCCAUUAUUGAUGAACAGCCUCUCAUAUUCAAAAAUGAUCCUUAUCAUCCUGAUCAUUUCAACUGUGCAAACUGCGGGAAGGAACUUACUGCUGAUGCUCGUGAGUUGAAGGGAGAAUUAUACUGCUUACCCUGCCAUGACAAAAUGGGUGUCCCCAUCUGUGGGGCAUGUAGAAGACCAAUUGAAGGCCGUGUGGUGAAUGCUAUGGGCAAACAAUGGCAUGUGGAGCAUUUUGUUUGUGCAAAAUGUGAAAAGCCAUUCCUGGGUCAUCGUCAUUACGAGAGAAAAGGCUUGGCGUAUUGUGAAACCCACUACAAUCAGCUAUUUGGUGAUGUUUGUUUCCAUUGCAACCGUGUGAUUGAAGGAGAUGUUGUGUCUGCUCUGAAUAAGGCAUGGUGUGUGAACUGUUUCGCUUGUUCAACUUGCAACACUAAGUUAACACUCAAGAAUAAAUUUGUUGAGUUUGAUAUGAAGCCUGUCUGCAAAAAGUGUUAUGAGAAGUUUCCUCUAGAGCUGAAGAAAAGACUGAAGAAACUAGCUGAAACUUUGGGAAGGAAGUAAAGACUUCAUCUGCUCUCCCCUUCCUUUGUGAAAAUCUUAUAUCUAUUACUUGGGGGGGGGGCUUCUUUGAGGCUGCAAUCAGACAACAAAUGACGAUGUAUGCCUUCUAUCAAAUCGAAAUGUCUUAAGAUUCUCUGUUCUCUAUACAUGUAUGCUUAUUCAUUGAUAAACAGACCAUACUUCCAAACUACAUUAAAUACCAGCUCAUCUGAAAGGCUUCGGACCCUGAUAAUGUAGUUGAACUGAUGCAGGUGGCCCAUUCUGCACAGUAAUCUCUGCGGAAUUUUACAGAGGGAGAAAAUUUGCUUAUGAAUACCUGUGAAAACAAACUGUGCAAAUGUGUCCAACUUUAGGGGCAUGUAUUGUUGUUUAUAUUAAUGAAAGUAUUAACCUUCAUAUUCAGCAUGCACGCAAAACUUGCCCAAGUCAAGUGACUUGGGCAAGAAACCAACGUACUUCGCCUCGUGGAAAAAUUCACGCUUGGAUUUCAGGCCAAGUCGUCUCAUUAAGGAGCCUUGUUUCGGAUGGUUUGAAAAGUAUCAGAUUUCUAAAUACAGUCACAGUACAAAUUACCUACUUCUGAUAGAUUAUGCUUACAUGAUGAAUCUUUGUACAUCAGGCUUAGCAUGAAAUAUCUAUAUAAAAUAUAUAUUCCUAUUGCAAGAAAUGAGCAUACUCAGAACUACUUGAAUUUUGCUAUAUUCCACUCAAAAUAACACAUUAACUUUUAUAUAUGCUUUUGCAUUCUAUUUACUUUUUGUGCCUUAUUCUGCUGGACCAUACAUAACAGUGUUCCAUUAAAUAUAUAUAUAGUUUUAUUUUUUAUUUCGUAUUUUUAUGCAGAAACUAUAUACAAGGUAUUUUCAAAAGAUAACAUACUUUGCCUUAAUUAUACAGGAUGCGAGAAGUAUUGUAUUUCAAAUGUGAACACCUGAGCUUAAAAUUUAGCUUCUAGACUUCAUUAAUUUUCAGAACAAUACUGAAAAUGCGUAUUUCAAUUAACUGGCAAUAUUACUUUUACACCUAUGAGUGUAAAUAUACAAGGUUUGAUCCUGCUAGGAUCUAUUUCUUUAGCCAUCCUCAAGAACUGAGCUCACAAAUCAUCAGAAUUCCUUAUAACAUACAUUUAAUUGUUUUAUACUGUUGACUUCUGUCCAUGCAAAUCUGUUUUAUUUUCCCCUUUCUUAUAGAAAACACAGUUACUUACGACUUCUUGAUGGUACUACAUUACGAAGUACGCAAACUUUUUUUUUAUAUUACUGACUUAAAACAUAUUUUAUGUAAUUACAUCAUAGGAAAUAAAAUUUUCUUUCCUGUUUAUGAAAAAUGAGUUGCUUUAAAACGUCUGCUUUCCAGUGUCAUCAAUAAAGGCUAUGUUAUUAAACCUUG